AUGGGAUCCUCGAAGCUCGAACCGGGCAUGUCUCCGACAGCAGUCGAUCAGCAAGGAGAACAACCUCGACUAUUCGACGAGUUCAACGACGACGACGACUACGACUACGAUGGCGGCUACGGCUACGGAGCUAUCGGGGGGAAGGGCAGCGGGGUUAAGGUCGUCCUUGUCGCUCCCAACAGUUCACCGGCGAUGCCCUCAGCGGCAAUAAAGACAAGUGGUUGCUGCGGUGGUGGCCCGGUUCCGAGAAGAGAGACCAGUAGUGAAGAAGACGCAGAACGGGCUACAACUGAGGGAGGCGACGCCAUUCCCCCCACACAUCCUCACCCGGUGCUAGCAAGCGGAUGGGCCGGAGGGGGUGGCGUAAGGGCGUACUGGAACAUCUCAGGCGAUUCGGCUAAAGCAAGGCGAGAGGAAGAAGCGCGGAAAGAUGCAUCAGCUGCAGAAGCAAGCAAGGAGGAAGGGGAGGAGGCCCUGCUUCGUAAGGGGCGGACCGACGGCAGCGGAACAGAGAAGGUUCGCAAGGUGUGGGUAGCUGCCAGGAAUGGUGACGAGCGUAGGCGGCUGUUGAAGGAAGAAGAGGGUCUCGCCGUUGGACAGUUACCCAAGUCGGCACCGGGGCUGAUGCGCAGGGGUGCGGUUCAGGACAGACUUCUGCGGGAUGCCGUUUUCGCGAGGGCGGAAGAGGAUGAGCGGGCCGUGUGGCGCGACCUGCAAGGUGGCACGACAGAAGGCGACGUCACCGACGCGCUCGACUACGAGAACAUGUACGGGGACGGCCAAGCGCAUCGGCCACAUCGUGCUCCGAGCGUUACCGUUUUUCCCUCCGGUCGAGGGCCCAGCCAAGCGUCAGACUUUUUCUCUGCCCGUGGCGCACCAAGCAUUCUAGAGGACCCGUUGGAGCCGUUGCCGAUGCGGAUAGAGAGACCCCCCGCCGACGAAAUCCCGCCACCGCCCGCUUAUCUAGAGGCCUGCGUUCGUCGGCCGACGGCGGGGAUAGGGCCGGAAGCUCGGCUGGCAGGGCUAGACGAGAGAACGGAGCUACGAAUAGUUGUCCCAAGGGUGGCCUUCCACGACUACCCGUUGUUCAUCAACGAGGACCGCCUGAGCGCAUCGCUCCGGAAGCUGUUCGGGCGCUACCGCGCAAAGUUGGCGACCGACGAGGAGUUGUACCUCCGUCGAAGGCUUUCGGCGUCGCUGUCGGUGCUACUGGACCUGAGGGCGCAGAUCGACGGCGCACAAGCAGCCUCGUCCCCGGCAAGCUCUGCGGUCGCGGCAUCCAAGAUGGGGAAGAGGACGCGCGAGAGGGCGAAUUGGCUUCUCCGAGACAGCUUGACGACGCUGGCGCUUGUCCUGGCGGAGAAGGACGAGGUGUUACGGUUAGAGCAUACCAUGAACGCGACGUGGUCAGAUCUCGAGGAAGAUCGCAGGGAGAGAGGAAUCUCGUCCACCGGCACGCGGCUCACGGAGCGAAAGGUCGAGAAAAGAGACGGCAACGAGAUCAGAGCGACAGCGGCAGGUUGGGGCAAUAGCCAUGGGGGCAGCGAGAUCGACGAGGAGGACGACGACUUCUUCUCUUCCCGGGGAAAAGGAGGCAGGAAGUUGGACGGCUUCAGUUUGGCUUCCCUCGACGAGCAGCUUAGCCAACUCGAGAGCUUUUUGGGGUGGCUCUCUGCGCAGGAUUCUUCGCACAGUCUUGCAAGGUCUGGGGAAGCGACCGCGGCCGGCGCGGGCAAAACAUCCGAGGUGUCCGAGGGGCCGACGAAGAAGAACAAUCGUGCCGAAGAGCGCCGAAGACGCGACACACGAAAAAAGCUAGAGCUCGUCAUUGCGCAGUGCCGAACGUCUCUUUCCUCGACUGCCAAGUCUCUUGGCGGACGCAGCGGUGGGACAGAGGAAGGCUCCCACGUACUGCGGCUGAGCAAUGACGGCAUCGUCACGCCGGACGUAGGGUGUGGGCGGUUGGAGAGGGCGAGGAGGGAGGAGGCGAGGGAGCUGCGCUUCCGUGUGGCUGUGUUCGUUAACGGCUCGAAGGUGUCCACCACGAGGGCGGUUUCUCUUGAGUGGCCAGAGUUCGCCUGCUCCUUCAACCAUCUCGUCCGGCUCCGGCUAGUUAGGCGCCCCGAGAGCGUCAUGGUGGCCAUAUACAGCUGCAGUGGGCUACCGUGGUGGCCAGACCAGGAGGUGGCAUCGGUGUGGGUCCCGGUCCCAGGAGGCCAAGACAACCGUUUCGGCGACUCAGUGGGUGCUGGCCCACAAACCACUCACGCCUUCGCUCCUCGGACUCAGUGGACUCAAUUUUCUUCGCGAAGGCCCAUGGCAACUAGCGGUCCUCUCGCGGACCGUCGAACCUGCGGAUCGGUGCUGGUGGGGACGGAAUGGUCCACAUCCCGCGACAGCGCGGAAGACACAACCAGUGGAGGCGUUGUUGCUGAAGGGGAUAACGCGUCAGCGCCGACCCUGCCCGUUCGAGGAGGUGCUGAUUCCUACAGCCACUUGACCCUUCGGGACAUUUUUAACGCUCUUUGGACGGCGGAGGGGCGAACCAAGCUCCGGGCGAAACCACUCCAGGGGCUGCGGUCGUCCCAACUCGGUACCCCGGGCGGAAGAGGCGAGGCAGGAGGGAGAAAAGGCGGAGGAGGUGGUGCCGCCGGUGCCGGAGACGGGGAUGCCUCACGAACCAUUCCCGACUUCGCCCGGGAGGCAGAUUUUCUCCGUCUCCUUCCCCGCGGGGCGGACAUCGACCCCAACGACCCUCGCCACGGCAACCUAUUGCGGCUGCGCGGUCUGCUGUCCACUCUCGACCUAGAUCGCCGCGAAUUGUCGGUCGUGGCUCGGGGUCCCCGUGCGGGAAGUGGGCUACGUCCCACCAGAAGACCGGCAUCAGCGAGGGGGGGGGCUGGCGCCGGGGCGGGCAACGAAGGAGCAGAGGACGGAGGCGAGGAGGAAGACGCGGGCAUUUUUCGAGCUUCACAAGAGCAGCAGGCGUUGGUGUUUGCCGGGAAGCGUAUCGCAUCGGGGUUGGCGGGCGGGGCCGGUAGAGCGGACGUUGGGGGUGGACGUGGUGGAUUUUGCACGUUUGCUUUCAACAAUCAUCGCCGGUGGAAAGAGCCUCUACGACACACAUUGAUUCGGCUGCGGGUGCAGAAGCCGGCCCUCUUCGGCAACCGGCCCAUUCCUCUCCGCGAGGAUGACAUCAGACGCGACGAGACGCUUACGGCAAUCCUAGCCCAAGAGGCCGUCGUUAGGGCGCAUCGGCACGAAGCCAGCGGGCGGCGCGGGUCCCUCAUAUUUGACGGCGAGGCGGACGUCGAACUAGACGCCGACAAGCAGAAGAAGAGGAUGGCGGUUGACCACGGAAGGGUUAUGGACUUCGUGCAGAGAGUACGCGAUUCACGCACGGCUCAGGCGCGGCGACAGGCGUUAAAGCGCGUUACGUAUUCCUCGGUAGUGCAGGAGGAGGCGGUGCCGCAGCUCGGCAUUAACUUCGAGGGGGGUAGUUUCUUUCCCAAGCCGAAGCGAGCACUCCGCCCCGAGCCAAAGGAAAGGACGGCCGCCACGGUUCAGCUCGAUGAGAUAGUCUCGGCGCGUAACGUGCCUGUUCGUUCGGAAGAGGGUGCGGGGGGGCUUCCCGCGUCAACUGCUAUGGCCAUCCCCAAGCAGCAACAGCCCGGAAUGCGGGCUGAUAGCGGCGGCCCAUUGUCGGAUGACGAGGACUUCGAGGAGGAGAAAGUGAUUCGCCAGAAGGGCACUCUGUCCUCGUUCGUCGAGGUUCAGUUUCAAGACACUAGGAAACGAACGAACGUGUACGAAGGAUUAACCCCGUUGUGGAAGGAAAGCUUGGACCUCCCCUUCACGCCUCCUAUGGCCGACUUCUCACCUGCUAACCUCGCACAGGUGCAUGAAAUGAUCAUCAUAUCGCUUUUCGACGAAGUCGAGUUCGACGACCGCAGCAGCGGUGGAUAUCUGGAGGACGAGACGGCAAUACGAAAGGAGAAGCGCUUCUUGGGGUCAGUCGUUUUACCGUUUCAGACCGUGUAUCAAGCCGGACGGGUGGAGGGGGUGCUUCGCCUGUGUGUCCCAACAGUGAAUCUCGGAUACGAUCAGAUUCACGCUGGGGGCGCCGGCAUCGAUCCGGUGGAGGGUGCUUCUAUAUUGCAAGACGAGGAAGAUGCGCCUGGAGAAAAGGAAGAAGCUGGAGUUUCGCUCACGAGCGGACCAGGAGAUCCAGCAUCCCCUGCGGCCCUCGUCCACAAGGCGGACAGGGCAACGUAUAUCCGAGUGCUGGCUACCCUCGACCCAAUUCCCAUCGUCCUUCCACAAGAAAGCGUCCCUGGCAGCAACCAGGAAUCCUCGGGGCUGAUAGCGGCGGGAUCGCGCUGGAUGAAGAGGGUGAAAGACGCCACCGAGCUGCCGGAGGGGGUGCUCUCCGUGCAGCUGUUCGUACCGGACAUGUUCGGAAACGAUGUCCUUCUCACGAGGUAUCUAUGCCCGCAGGAACCUCCUGGGGGGAUCAACACGGUCUGCAAGUGCGCCCACUACGUCAGCUUGCUAACCUUUUUGGAAGACUGGCAGAUGUUCGAGGGCGUGGGCGACAUGUGGUGUACGAGUCAGCAGUUUCUGGAUAUUUUAGCUGGCGAUCACGAAGAACACGCGAUCUUGCUGCACAACUACAUCCUGCACCUCAUCAUGGUCAGAGAGGGGAUCUCGGGUGCUAACCGCCGGCCGCCUGGACGAACCGGUUUGAGGACGGAGGUGUACAUCGUGAGUGGGCGGGCGGUCCCCGAAGGUGACACUGUGUACGUCAUGGUACAAGAGCUCAGCCGGUUCGGCGAGACACGAACGACUUCAAUCUGGAAACCUUCCACUGCCGAGGGCUUCGACGCACGCGACUCUAGGUGCCCCCUCAUCGACAUUGCUUGCGUGGCUAGCCAAGAGAAUGUGUGGGCGUGUCUGCGCAGGAACGUCCGACCGUGCGACCUCAACCUCGACCUUUCCGACAGCAAAACAUGGCGAUGGCGUUCAAAGCGCUCACACACGGCCUUCAACGCCGACGUAUCCAACCGCCUUGCCGAGCUACUUCCGCUCCUGGAGAAGCAAGCCUUAACCGGCGGAGCGAAGAUGGGGAAGGACGAGCACCGUCGGCGCCUUGAGAACACCAUGCGAAACAGAGAUAUCGUCGGGUUCCCCUUGCACUCCGGGUUCGUGGACGUGGACAGCGUUGUGCAGACGGUACGGGCCACGGGCAUCCAUGAAGCCAGGCACCCGGACGUGCAGUUCGCGCUGGCGGUGCAAGCGUUCCCCUAUCCCCACAAUGUGCUCUCUGUGUGGGUAUACAUCGCUUCCAUCACGCCUUCAUAG